UUUUUGUUGGUAUUAGUUAAACAAUACUCGUUAGUUUUUUUCAGUUUUCAUAAUAAAUUGUUUGUAAUAGAUCGAUUUAAAAGUGGAAGGAUGUUGACUCAACUGUCUCAUCCUCAUCUUUAAUAGUUAGUCACCUAUUUAUUAUGCACAAACGUCUAAACUCAAUAUUGGCAAACAUUUAAUCUGUCAACGGCUUAUUUUCCUUGGGAAAUUAUCAAAACAACGCAAAGAAGGGUACGUCAAAUCACACAUUGCUCUUUAAUACAAGUCAACAAAGAAUUUCACAGAGAAGAAAAAAUUUCAUUGAUAUUUAGUAAUGAGCGAUCUUUCAAAAAUAUUGGCUUUGUAACGAAUAGAACAGCUGAGCCGCUCGUGAGUUGAACAGGGCCAACAAGAAUUUAAUCAUUAAAUUUUCUUUGAACUAUUUUGAAACAAUAGUAUAUAAAGAGAGAUCGUUUCGUCACUCAUGCAUCGAAUGUUGUGAAUGAUGUUGUAACAAACUGUGGUUAAGAGAGCGAAAAUCGAUCUACAAUGAAUUGAAGUGAUUUUAAAAUCAUCACAAAGUACAAAACCUUUUGUUUGCUGUUUUGUCUCGGGAAGGAUUUUUCAAAUAAUGGAAAUGUGAUGGCAAAGAAAUAUGAGUUCCUGUCACGAAAUCAAAGUACUUCGUAUUUUCACAAAACGAGACAGUCGUUUUGGUUUUACUUUGGUUGGUCAAUAUCCUUGUACACUUGACAAAAUCCAACAUGGCAGUCCGGCUGAGAAAGCUGGCAUCAAAUCAGGAGAUGAAUUACUUGAAGCUAACGGAGUGAAUGUGGAAGAUCUUCAACAUAAUUGUGUGGCAUCUUUCAUUACACCAAAUGUUGAUGGCAUCACUGAGUUACGUAUUCGCAGAGCGUUGAAAGCUAACGUAAUGACAAACAAUCUAAAUGAAGUGGAGUCAAAAGAAAUGCUUUCAAGAAAUAAGAAUGAUGUGUCGCAUGCUGUUAAUAUAGUUGUGGCAAGCUUAGAGCCACAGGACAUUUUCCCUUCCAAAGAAAAAGAUCUUAACCUGUCGACAUCAUAUAGUAAUGAUCUAGCUUGUGAUGAACAGUUAAAAACCAACUUUGCACCAGUCAACUUGAAAGUGAGUUUUUCUGAUAUUUCAACGCUCAACGGGUUUAAUUUAAAAUCGCCAUCACAAUAUGAAAAUGACACUUGUGUAACAUCACAAAUUUUUGUUGGCUAUCUGGGCUCAAUAAAUCGGCCUCUUAUAUCAGCUUCUUCAUUGGGUCUUGUCACGCAUUUGCGUAUCAAACAGAAAUCAGCUGUUUGGGUAAGUCUUGAGCUUAGCUCGGACACGAUUUAUAUCAGAAAUACGAGUAAUCAAAUCAUGAUGAUGAGCCCACUAAAAUCUUUGGUUUACUUUGGCUUUUCUCGCGAAAACAAACAAAUCUUAGCCCUCUUAACAGCGAACGUUGAUUUGAUUGACUCACACGCAGGGAUGAACAAUCAUGUUUCAAUUAUUGAUGAUUGCAACUUAAAUUGUUCUUGUCACGUGUUGCUCAUCAAUUCCAACUACAAUAAACCCAUCAAGCAUUCUAUGGUGAAAGAUUAUUUUCAGCUGCAGUGUCACCCUUCGGCCGGAAGCUGUCGUCGAUAUUUUCCUACCACAAAUAAAACGGUUAUAAGUACGUUCUAUAAUUAUCUACGACGCUUAACUACCACUGGACUCAUUGAUGAGAAUGAAUUGGAUCAUCCUGAUUUCAAUGGUUAUGGUAGUGAAGUCGAUAUACUGCGUGAUUUAGGGGUUAUUAUCCCGCAAGAAUUAGUUAAUACUGAUCAUUUUUCAGCGUCGAAUAGUGACGAAACACAGCAUGAGUUUGGUGAAGACGAUCAAGUUCUGUGCCUCUAUUUAAGAUCUUUGUACAAAAAUAUUAGCAUGAAAGAACAAGGAAAGAAACUUGCUGGUAACAGAGAGUACAACAUCAAGAUUUUUCAAGACGGUAAACCAACUUGUACUCAGGAAUCUAGUGGUGGGGUUACCUUAACAUCACAUCAUAUUAUUCACAUUGCAACACCGAAGAAAGGUGACACUUCCAUGGCUGACGAAAGGGAUUUUCGACCAUCAAAUAACGAAGUUAAAGCUGGAAGAACCGGUCAUAAAACACAAGUUUAUCAACAGCGUUCUCAUUCGCUUGCAAGUAACGUGAGAACAGUUAUAGAUGCUCACGCUGCUGCGGUUACAGCGAUUGCCAAAGCUCAAACUUUUGAGAAUUCUAGAAAGAACUUGGAAAGUGGUCAUUGUGAUGGUCAAUUGAAUCAUGCCUCCUCCACCAGCAUGUUGUCUUGUAAAACAGUUAAUAAUCAUCCAGAUGGAAAUGUAGCUCGUUGGGCUGUCUCAUUUGAUCAUCUACUGAAAGAUAAAAUUGGCCUUCAAGUUUUUAAGUGUUUUCUUCAAAAAGAAUUUAGUGAAGAGAAUCUGGUAUUUUGGUUGGCUUGUGAGAAGUACAAGAUGUUGGAAAAUAAGAAAAAGUUAAAGCAAAUGGCCGAUGAAAUUUAUGAUGAACAUUUAAAGCCCUGUGCUAACCAACCUGUCAAUGUUGAUGCAACUGCACUUAAAGAGGUUGAAUCUUCUCUUGAGGAUCCUUGUUGUGAAUUAUUAAAAAAUCUUCAGAGUCAGAUUUAUACAUUGAUGAAGUUUGAUAGUUAUACAAGAUUUUUGAAGUCUGAAUUGUAUCGGGAGUGUCUGGUUAAUGAAAUGGAGGGAAAGGAUUUUGUAUUUGAGCAAGAAGGGGAUAAAAAGGAAGAUGAGGAAGAAAUUAGUACAUUAAAGAGAAUGGUGAAAUUCCAAAAAAUUUUUGGUCAUCGUGAAUGUGUUUAUUUUGUGAAUGAAGAUGAUUUAAGUCUGACCUUUUCUCAAAAGUUUAGCAGCACAAAAGUAAAAGUAAAAAAGCCUUCAAAGCCACAAGCCAGUCAAGAAAUAGAUGAUAUUAAGAAAAAAUCAAUUCUUCCAUGGAGAGGAAGGUUAAAAAGUGAUCAAUCAAAGAGAAACAACAUACGCAGCACUGAAAGUCAGGCAAGCAGUACGAGAAGCUCUUUAUCGUCACUGUCUGAUUCUGUAUUUUCAUCAAAUGCAAAUAAUUCCGAUGAGACAUUGAAUGACUUGGAUAGCAAAGAACGACCACCACCAACUUGUAAAGUUAUUUUACCAAAUACAUUAUCAAUGUUUUUGUUCUGCAAGAGUACAAGAAGUCUUCAUGAUGGUUUAUUGGAUUUAUGUGUUCGUCAUGGAUUGUCACUACCUGCAUUAAGUAUUUUCCUUGGGGAAAAGGAACUAAAUGAGGAAGAUUUAAAAAUGAAACUUACACGUUUCAUCAACAAAGAAAUUAUUCUACUCCAAAAAAUUUUAUUCAGAAUGGAAUUACCAAAUGAUGCAACAAUCGGUGUAAUUGCAAGCGAACAACAAACGAUCCUUGAGGUUAUUCAACCCAUUUUACGACAUCAUGAUAUUGAUUUGGAUAAUUAUUCUAUCGUUUUGCGUGGUGAUGAUAAUGAGGAUGGUGGAUUUCUCGAUAUAAAAUUACCUAUAUCGACGUGUCAUCAGAAAAAUUUGAUUAUUCGAGAAAAAGCAUGCAAAGUCUUAAACGAGGCAAGGGUGAUGACAGUGAAUAAUAACGAAGCAAAAAUGUACACUCACCACACUCCUUCGAAAGCAAUCGUUGCUCUGGACCACAAAGUAUUUGAUGGGAUAAUGAUGGGUAAACGACAAUCGAUGUCAGGAUUUUGUUUUGAUGACUUGGGUGUAUUUGUACCAAUGUUGAAAAUGCAAAUGAAUGAAAAGAAAGAUUCUUCUCUCUAUGUUAAUGACAAAGAAAAACAACAUUUGUCUCGUAGUCCAGCUUUGUUUCGUAAGAAAAAACGUAAUGUGGGUCAAACGAGCUCUUCAUUUCGUACAUAUGUUCAUGAAGAAAAGAAAAACACGGAAGAAUUUUUCGUUCUUCUUCAUCGCUCGCAGAACAGCCGUAUGGAUGAUCAACGAGGACUGUUAAAUCAAAAGAACAUUGAGUUGCCAGAGUUUUUGAAAGAUCAAGAUGUUUCGUCUGCUGCAAGGGUUAAACAGUUUUCUGUCGUCCCCUCUUCAUGUCCUUCUCAUGAACCGUUAAAGAAAACCACUUCCUCUCCCUCGAACUAUUCUAUCUGCGUUAGCAAGCAACCUUCUAGUGGAGCAGCGGCUGUUUCCGAUGAAUUUCAUACGAUUUCAAGGUUUACACGACAUUGGUCGGGUUCAGAAUUAACCCAAGCAAAGGUUUAUCUUGAUAAUGGACCACAGACCCAAACCAUUGAUCGGAAAAAGUUCUUUAAGCAUGUUCGAAAUCAACCUGUUGGUCGUGUCAGAGCAGGCUCGUUACCUUACACUCACCCUGAUGACCGCUGUACAACGUCUGAUGACGUUCAUGAAUGGAAGGCGCGGCAUCAUGAAAGUCAACACUAUAAUAAGAACAGCAACACCGAAGUUGUUUGGGUGUCAAACAUAAUUAAUAAGAAUCGUGAACGCAAUUUGGCUAAAAUAGACAACUCUGUAGACACUGGAUAUGAAAGCACUACAGAAGAUGAAGGAGCGGGAAAAAUUACUGAAAAGAUUUCAUUUUACGCCAACGAUAAGCGAUUGUCAAACAGAGUAAGUUCUUCGAACAGAUCGAGUUCCGAAAAUUGUAACUUUAAAGAGAACAUGGCGACAGCAAAAUAUCACAUACGGGCCCUUGUAGAACAGUCGGAAAAUUACGGUUCGACGUCGACUCAUGAUCGUCAAGCAAUUCUGGACAACUCGUUUCUGAGAGAUGAACUUAAACCAUUACGGUUGUAUUCACAAGUGUCUCCAAAAAUGAAUACAUUACAGGAGUCAUCCAUCAAUGACAGAAAUGAUGGUAAACCAAUGAAAUGCCCAUUGUUUACACCAGCUUUACAUGUCAGUGGUAGCAAUGAUGUUUCACCUCUGGUUGGUAAUGAAUUCAGAACGUCUUAUGAUCACGUGGAUGUGGGCAGUGAAAAAAUAAUGGAUGGUAAUGUUCGUGUUACAUUUGUAUAAAAUUGUUAAGUGUAUUCAUGAACAUCACAAAUAUUAUGUAAUUUUUUAUAAGUACAAAUUAUUUUAAAACGGGGAUAAUAAUAUACUUUCACGUAGACUGUUUAAUCCGUUUUUUGUAGUAUAAUUAUGAAAAAUGUAAAUAAUUCUGUAUAAUGUGGAAGGGUACAUAGUUUUGUUGUAUGAAAGCCAACAACAGUAUAAUUUUAACCUGAAGAUGAUACACAGAAUACCGAAAUUUAUCGUUUUUAUACUGUUGUCUCUUUUCAUAUAACAAAAUUAUGUAUAUAUAUUCAAAGCUUUAAAUCAACGAGUGUGUUUCGCUUAGAACAAAAUUUACAGACGUGAAAAUGACUAUUUACGAUAUUUCA